CUUAGGAGUAACGUUCCAAGACGUACACGGAUCGAGUGCAGUUUUACUAUCUCCUACUCCCAACGGUCGAAUACAUGUGGAUGGAGUGCUUAACAAUUCUUACGUUAUCAAGUCCUUGCCGCAACGACUCCUGAAAGAGGUCAUGUAUGGGGGUCGUAAACUCUUCGAGCCGCAUCAUAUCAAAAACGUAACGAACGACGACGAUUUCGCUUACACACAUCAUCACGUAGUGUAUAAGAUACCGCCGUUAAAAGGAAAUCAAUACAAAGACUUCAAAAUAUCAGAUCCUGUGAGCGAUGGAGCAGAGCACAAUGCGCCGGACAUUAUUUAUCCCGAAAUGCUGAUAAUAAUUGAUUCUAAGGAAUACAAAAUACUUGGCGGGAACAUCGAGCAAGCCGUAAAAUAUCUCGUCGCAUUUUGGAACGGAGUCGACUUGAGAUAUCGUUUACUAAACACGCCCAGAAUAUUAUUCAAUAUCGCAGGAAUAGUUAUAGCUUUGGAUGACGAUGCACUUCCGUGUUUGGAGAAUAGUCGCGUCGAAGAUACAAAAGUCGAUUCAGAUCUCGCUUUACGCUGUACGGCGGAUUAUUUGUAUCGUGAAGAAAGAUUUCCGACUCAUUUUUACGAUAUGGCGAUCGUCAUGACGCAAUUGGACAUGUGCAAUAUGUUAACUAAUGACUUCUGCGAUCCAUCUACUUUGGGUUAUGCAUACGUUGCUGGCGCGUGCGAUAGAAACGUAACGAAGGAAUCAUCUGAGGCAGUGGGGAUUGUUGAGGAUAACGGUGGCUUUAGCGGUAUUAUCCCUACGGCUCACGAGAUUGGUCAUUUGAUAGGAGCUCGUCAUGACGGCAACCCGAACGGCGCUGGAGAAUGCGGAGCAUAUGACGGCUUCAUCAUGACUAACGGACUGAUGUUGCACGAAAAUGGGUUUGAAUGGUCCUCGUGCAGUAUAGAUGCCUUCUAUAGGUUUAUCAAGUACGUAUAGUACAAUCUGCGGUGAUUUGGUAUGAUUUAGUUCAUAUCGUAUUUUGUACAAUAUUUCAAAUAGAGAUUUCCCG